AUGAAGAAGAAGCAGGCCAGAAAAUCACACGCGCCGACUGAGAAGAACAAUAUAGUUUCAAUCGCUGAUGAGUUAGUUUUUGAAAUACUCACCUACAUUCCCGUCAAAUCUCUACUCCAAUUCAGGAGUGUUUGCAAGAGCUGGCGGUCUAUGAUCUCCGACCCAUCGUUCGUUGAGGCCCAUCAAUCCCGUUCAGCCACCACUCUCCUCAUCUCCUUCCCGGACACGCGCCGCCCUAGCGGGAGGCGUCAUCUCUUCUCCAUAAGCGAUGGAGAAGCGCGCCAACUCUCCGGAUUCCCUCACUGGAAUAAUUCUCAGUCCGUAAACGGUUUGAUUUGUAUCUACGAGCAGAUUGAUCCUUCCUCUCCGAAACUAUCCUUUCGCGUGAUUGUCUGCAACCCCAGCACUGGAGAACGCGUGACUCUUCCACCCACACACUUCUCAAAGGCAGGCUUCUCUUUUUGCCACCAGAACAUCUCUCUAGGGUUCGACCCGUCCACCAAGACCUACAAAAUACUAAGGGCAUGGUGGGGAAGGUUCGAGGGCCCCAUACAUGAGAUUUUCACUCUAGGCAGCCACGCAUGGAGAAUCAUCAAAGAUGACCCAGAAUAUGCGUUGGAAACAAAGGGGAUUUGCCUCAACGGAACCAUAUAUUGGGCCGCAGCUUUUGAUUUAUCGGUAGAGAAUUCUAGCUUUGUCGUCAUGAAGAACAGAGUGAUAGCAUUCGACGUCGGAGAAGAGAAGUUCCGAUCUGUUCCCGUCCCUCCGGAAGCCCCCAUAUGGGAAAAAUACAAAUCGAACGUCAUACAAAUCGGUGGGCACAUGGCCAUUGCAAGCUGCCCAGAGGUGGCGACAGGCAUUAGUACUGCUAUGGUAGUCUGGAAAUUGGAGGAUUCUGUAAAUGGGGUUUGGAGCCAGAAGAGAAUUCUGCUGCCUGAAUGUUGGAUACACAGGCCGGUACCAAACCCAAGAUUUGGUCGUUUUUUCGUUGCUUCCAGUGAUGGUGGUAAGAUUAUACUGAUUCCCAGCGGGUUUUUCAGAGACUUUUCAUUGUUUCAGUGUAACAAAGAGGAAGGGUGUUUGUGGAGGGAGGCUAUACAUCGGCCACCUCAUGAUGAUUGGGUUUCUCGUUCUUUAUCAAUUGUUAGUGCUCGUCAAGUCUGUGAGUAUGUGGAAAGUCUUGUAUCUUUGAAGGAAAUUUGCAGGUUGUAGUGGUUUUGAUUCUGUUCUUUC